UGCUCAUUCACGUUUCCAUCUUUUAUCGAAGACGAAGUACUUCGACUCUCGUUUCAAAUUCAAUCGUUUGGCUUAUGUUUAAAAUAAUUUUACUUUAUAUGUUUUUCUUGAUUUUAAAAAUUAACAUUUAAAUCAAAUCUUGCUAUUUUUGUUACAGUUUUAUAACUAAACACAUUAUCUUUUUAUACUUUAUUCGUCUUAUCGGAAGUAGUUGCAUUUAUAGACAUGAACAAAGGUGCACCAAAUACGUUUAUACCUGCAUUUUAUGCAGGUCGUAGCAUUUUAAUUUCGGGCGGUACAGGAUUUAUAGGCAAAGCGCUAUGUGAAAAGUUACUGCGAUCUUGUCUCGAUGUUGGUGAAAUUUUUGUUUUGAUCAGACCGAAGAAGGGACUGAACAUAAACGAAAGACUAAAAAAAAUGUUGGAUAACAAGCUUUUUGACGUUUUGCGAAGUGAGCGACCAUCUGCUUUUAAUAAAUUAAUUGCAAUUCACGGUGAUGUAAGUCUUGAAGACUUAGGAUUGCAACCGAUCGAUAGAGAAAUGUUGAUCGAAAGAGUGUCUAUAAUUUUUCAUGUCGCGGCUUCUGUUCGAUUUGAUGAAAGUUUACGUGAAGCUGUUUUCAACAACACUAGGUCAACGCUGGAUAUUUGCAUUUUAGCAGAAAAAAUGAAAAAACUUGUAGUUUUCCUACACGUCAGUUCUACGUAUACGCAAACAGACAAGCCAGUGGUUGAUGUGACACUUUAUCCAUCAGAUUUGGAUUGGAGAGAAGUGAUUAACGGCGCCGAACAUUUUGACGAGCAUAUUUUGAACACGUUUGCAGCAAAAUAUCUGGGAACGAUGCCAAACACGUAUACUUUCACAAAAAGAUUGGCGGAACAAGUUGUAAGCGACUAUUCAAAGUCAUUGCUUUGCGUCAUUGUUCGCCCAUCCAUAGUUAUCUCUACAGCGUUUGAUCCAGUAAAAGGCUGGCUAGACAAUUUUAACGGUCCUGUUGGAAUGUUGAUUGGCGGCGGCAAAGGUAUUCUUCGUGUUGUGUUUAUCGGGGAUCCUAUCGUUACAUCGGAUUUUAUGCCUGUUGACGUGGCCAUUAAGACAAUGUUAAUAGUGGCGUGGAAACGUGGAAUCAAAACCUUUACCGAAGACAAUACGAUUCAUGUUUAUAACUGUUCGGGACAUGAUGUAAAAGGGAUAAACAUAAAGCAUCUGAUUGAACUGGAAUUUAAACUCGCUGAAGAAGUACCUUUGGAAAACAUUAUUUGGUCCCCAGGCAUAACUACAACUAAUAGCCGUUUGUUUUACUAUUUAGUUGUACUUAUUAUGCAUAUCUUGCCUGCACUUUUCAUAGACUCAAUCCUAAAAUUGUUCCGUGCACGUCCCAUGCUAUUAAAAUUGCAGAGGAAGGUCUAUUGCGCAAACAGUGCUCUAGCAUUUUUUUUGACGCAUGAAUGGCAAUUUACGAAUAGGAAAUUACAACAUUUCUUCGAUGAUCUGUCACCCGAGAAUAAUAAAGACUUCGGAUUUGACUACAGAAAUUUCAAUAUAGUGCAUUACUUUCGAAACAGCGUAAUCGGUGCAAAAAUUUACUUACUGAAUGAGGAUAUGAAUCACCUGGAAGCAGCGAAACUGCAUCGAAAGAGGAUGCUAUGGCUCGAUAGAAUUGUGAAAAUAUUGGUCGGCACUCUCAUUAUGUGGAUAAUAUAUGAUAAAAUUUCCGAGUGCACUUGUAUUUAUUUUUGGCAGUUACGUUGUUAUUAUAUUAUUUAUAUUGAUUUUGUUUUAAUAACGAUGGAUGAGAAUAUAAAUAAUCCAAUCAAGUCAAUUACAUCGUUUUACGCUGGACAAAGUAUAUUAACAGGUGCGACAGGAUUUAUGGGUAAAGUAUGCAUGGAGAAGAUACUGCGAUCUUGCCCAGAUGUUCGCGAAGUGUUUAUAUUGAUGCGCCCAAAAAAAGAACAAAGCAUUAAAAGGCUCGGACAAAUAUUGAAAUUACCGUUAUUCGAUAAACUGCGAAAAGAGCAACCUUCAAAUUUAAAAAAAAUAAUUCCACUUUUUGGUGAUGUUAGUAAAGAGAACUUGGGUCUGUCGGCUGCCGAUAGAGAAAUGUUAGUUGAAAGAGUGACUGUAAUAAUUCAUGCAGCAGCGAGUGUGAGAUUUAAUGACAGCUUAAAGUAUGCUAUUUUUAUAAAUACUAGAUCGACAAGAGAUAUCUGUAUCUUAGCUCAAGAUAUGAAAAAUCUUCUAGCACUAGUUUAUGUUAGUACAGCAUACGCGCAUAUAAAUAAUUCUGUCAUAGAAGAAAAAAUAUACCCACCAGUAGCCGAUUGGCGGAAAAUGAUCAAAGCAGCCGAGUCAUUGGAUGAGCAUAUUUUAAAUGUCUUUACAGCUAAAUGUUUGGAAUGUUUUCCCAACACAUACAUAUUCUCGAAAAAUUUAGCUGAGAGUGUAAUAGCGGAUUAUUCUUCAUCGUUACCUUGUGCGAUUGUAAGACCUUCUAUAGUGUCACAUACAUUGAACGAUCCAUUCCCAGGAUGGAUAGAUAAUUUGAAUGGUAUAGUAGGAAUACUCGUCGGUGGUGGUAAAGGAGUACUACGAGUAUUCAAGACUAAUAAACAUCUUCGUCCAGAUGUGAUGUCGGUAGAUGUUGCCAUCAAAUGUUUGAUAAUCACAGUUUGGAAGGUUGGAUUGACCAGCUUCAAGCCGGGUUCUUCACCUUUUAUCAUAAAUUGUACUUCUUCCAAUCUGAGAGGAUUGUCCAUAGAACCAAUUUGUAAAAUGGGUUUUCAACUUUUAGAUGAGACACCCUUCGAGCAAACUCUUUGGACUCCCAGUGUAAUAUUUACUAAUAAUUCCAUCAUAUAUUAUAUAUUGACAAUGUUGUUGCAUAUUUUGCCAGCUAUUUUAAUAGAUCUGAUUUUAAAACUUACGAAACAUAAACCUAUGCUAUUAACACUGCAAAGAAAAGUAUACACGGCCUGCUGCGCUGUGGGAUAUUUUGCGGAUCAUCAAUGGAUAUUUAAAAAUAACAAUGGUAUAGAUUUAUUCGAUUCAGUUCUACCCGAAGACAAAGAAGCAUUCUCAUGUGAUAUUUUAAAUAUUGAUGUUAAAGAAUUUUACAGGGCCGGUAUAAUUGGAGCUAAAAAAUAUCUCUUUUACGAGGACAUGAAUCGCUUAGAUGUAGCUAAAGCGUAUCGCAGACGAUUAGAUUUGUUUGCUACGGCAUUUAAAACUAUCAUCGUUAUUGGAAUAAUAUGGAUGAUAUAUAAGUGAACCGACACUGAUUGUUAAAUAUUCUCAGAUCGCAAACUGAUCAACAUCGUCACAAACAACUAUAGUGUAAUAUAUAUUAUUUGAUGUAUAAUAUAAAAUAAAUUAAACUUGGC